UGGCACAAAAACCCCUUCCAUAAACUGCAGCUGGACUAUUACCUUAGUGCAGCCUGGAGAGAACAUCAAGACCACUCACUUCCCACUAAGCAAUAUAUCCCUUUCAGGCUGCACCGCUGGAUUCUGAGACUCUGGAAAAAGUCUUGUGCUGUGCAUCAAACAAUUAAUAAAUUAUCUUUUUUUAUUUCAUUUGGCAUUUGUUGCAGGAUCACAUUCCCAGAUCAGGGGAGACAAGCACUCACACACCGUCACCCCUGAGGGGGUGCUGUGGGGUCAGUUACCACAUUCAUACCAAUUAUCACGUCGGACAGAACCGCGUGCUGACUACAAGCCGUCAAUCAACCAGGUUGUUCCAGUGCAACUAGCCGAGCUCGCCUGUCCGUGUGAAAGUUCAUCUGACCGAGCUUUGCCUGCCGUUGGUAAUGAGGGCCUUUGCCAUCAGCCUGUUCUCCCUGUUCUGCUGCUGCUCCGUGCUCUGUGAUGUACGAAGCCGACCCCGCUCACGACCGACAGGACCCAGGGGGCGGAAUGACACCGCCCUGCAAACCAACCUGCUGGAGAGUCCAUGCAAGGGGAAGCCACUGGACUUUGUGCUGGUCAUCGACAGCUCCCGUAGCGUGCGUCCCCACGACUACGAGAAGGUCAAGACCUUCAUCACCAACAUCUUGAGGUUCCUGGACGUGGGGCCGGAUGCUAUGCGCGUGGGCCUGCUCCAGUACGGCAGCGUGGUGCAGAACGAGUUCUCCCUCAAGACCUUCCACAGGAAGGCGGACAUGGAGCGGGCCGUGCGGGACAUGGUCCACCUGGCCAGCGGCACCAUGACGGGGCUGGCGCUCCAGUACACCAUGAACGUGGCCUUCUCCGAGGCCGAGGGCGCCCGGCCCCUGCACCAGCACAUCCCCCGCAUCGCCAUGGUGGUCACCGACGGCCGACCCCAGGACACGGUGGAGGAGGCGGCGGCUCGGGCCCGGCAGGCCGGGAUCCAGAUCUUUGCCAUCGGCGUGGGGCGGGUGGACAUGAGCACACUGCGGGCCAUUGGCAGCGAGCCACACUCCGAGCACGUCUACCUUGUGGCCAAUUUCAGUCAGAUCCAGACUCUCACCUCUGUCUUCCAGUCCAAGCUGUGCGGAGGUGCCAACCUGUGCUCCGUGGUCAACCACCGCUGUGAGCACAUCUGUGUCAGCACGCCCACGUCCUACGUGUGCAGGUGCAGGAAGGGCUACGUCCUCAACCCAGACGGGAAGACCUGCCGCGGAAUUGACCAGUGCGCUCUGGGUACCCAUGGUUGUGAACACGAGUGUGUCAACACAGGAGACUCAUUUGUGUGUAGAUGUCAUAAGGGCUACAGGCUCAACCCUGAUGGCAAAACCUGCAAGAAAAUUGACCAGUGCGCUCUGGGUACCCACGGCUGUGAACACAAGUGUGUUAACACAGGAGACUCCUUUGUGUGUCGAUGUCACAGGGGUUAUACACUCAACCCUGAUGGCAAAACCUGCAAGAAAAUUGACCAGUGCGCUCUGGGUACCCACGGCUGUGAACACGAGUGUGUCAACACAGAAGACUCCUUUGUGUGCAGAUGUCGCAAGGGCUACACACUUAAUCCCGAUGGCAAGACCUGCAAAAGUGUCGAUGUCUGCAGCACGGUCAGCCACGGCUGUGAGCACCUGUGUGUCAGCACGCCGGACUCUUACAUCUGCAAGUGCCGGGAGGGAUACACGCUGGCCGAGGACCGCAAGAGCUGCAAGAAGCUGGAGUGCAGAGACGGGGCGCUGGACUUGGUGUUCGUGAUUGACGGCUCUAAGAGCCUGGGCCCGGCCAACUUCCAGCUGGUGAAGCAGUUUGUGAUCGGCAUCGUGGACGCGCUGGACGUGUCGCCCGCGGCGACGAGGGUGGGGCUGCUGCAGUACUCCACCAAGGUGCGCGCCGAGUUCACCCUGGGCCAGCUGUCCUCCGGGGAGGACGUCAGAGAGGCGGUCUCCCGCGUGCAGUACAUGGGCCGGGGGUCCAUGACGGGCUCCGCCCUGCGUCACAUGUUCGAGUUCAGCUUCUCCGCCAAGGAAGGGGCUCGGCCCGACGCCCGCCGCAUCUGCAUCGUGUUCACCGACGGACGGUCCCAGGACGACGUCUCCAAAUGGGCCACCAAAGCGCAGGAGUCCGGCAUCACAGUCUACGCAGUUGGCGUUGGGAAAGCCAUAGAGGAAGAACUUCGGGAGAUCGCUUCAGCACCAGACGACAAGCACUUGUUUUACGCAGAAGAUUUUAGCCUCAUGGGUCAAAUUACAGACAAACUGAAGUCACGGAUUUGUAAAGAAAGGCCCUCCAAUGAAGACCUGUGCAAAUGUGAACAUAUGGUAAGCUUCCAAAGCCAGGCCACAGAACAACUGCGGAUGCUGAGCCAGAGACUGGAAGCUGUGACAAAGAGGCUGGAGAUGCUGGAGAACCGCUUGGGACAUAACUGAUUCCUCUGAGAUAUCCGCUCCAUAUGUGAUAUAAUUCAGAAGAAAAAUCAUUCAAGACGUUGUCUUAUGAACGAGGACUGCUUUAAAACAAAUUCAGUUUCCAGCACUGAAACAGAAGUUAAGCUAUUUUUUUUACUGAUUGAGAUAUUUAUAUACAUUGAGAUAUUUUAUGUUUUAUGCAUUACAGACAUGUCUCUGCUACCUGCUGGUAUUUGGGAGGCCUUUUUUUCUUUACUUAUGUUGCUGUGUAUAAAGUGUAUGUAAAGUGCUGUGCAUCUAUGCAUGCUCAACAUGCAUAGUUAUACUUCAUUUAGAGAACCUGUGUUUUAUACUGUCAAGAAAAGAG